ACCUUCAUCUCUGGUUUACUCCGCUGCUACCUACCGCUUCCAUUCCAUCAACGAAGAUGAAGCAGAGAACGCGUCCUUCCAUUAAAGACAGUUCCGUCAGAACUCCUCUCAAAGCAUCAGCUUCUUCUGCUCGCUCCAUUCCCUUCUGCUCGCCGGCGAUGGCAUCGGAACCCGCGACUUCGUCAUCAUAUGUAGCUGAUUUCUCUGCUCUUCCCUACGACAUUUUAGCCAAAAUUGCAGCCUCCUUUAACCUCCCGAACCUUCAAGCGGCGUCGUUGGUAUGUAGGUCUUGGUCGGAGGCGCUUAGGCCGCUGAGGGAGGCGAUUUUGCUGUUGAAGCGGGGAAAGCGAUUCAAGCAUGGCCGGGGAGGUGUUAGUCCUAAUACAGGGAAGGCAUUGGAUUCUUUUAUGAGAGCUGUUGCUCGCGGCUCCACAUUAGCGAUGGUUGAUGCGGGGCUGAUUUAUUGGGAGAUGGGCGAGAGAUCGAAGGCGAUUGCUCUGUAUCAGAAAGCUGCGGAACUUGGAGAACCGGCUGGGCAGUGCAAUUUGGGAAUUUCCUAUUUGCAAGCUGAUCCUCCUAAUAGCAAGGAGGCUUUAAAAUGGUUAUAUAAAGCUUCGUUUCGGGGUAACGCUCGUGCUCAAUACCAACUCGCACUUUGCCUGCAUCGAGGUCAAGGGAUUGAUAGCAAUAUGAAAGAGGCAGCUAAAUGGUAUCUGAAAGCUGCUGAAGGUGGUUUUGUACGUGCUAUGUACAACGUCGGCUUAUGCUACUCCUUUGGGGAAGGUCUGAAUCAUAGUCAUAAACUAGCAAGAAAAUGGAUGAAGCUGGCCGCGGACCAUGGUCAUAGUAAAGCUCAAUUUGAGCAUGGACUUGCUCUCUUUUCUGAGGGAGAGAUGAUGAAAGCUGUAGUGUACUUGGAACUGGCCACUCGUAGGGGCGAACGAGCUGCUGUCCAUGUCAAGAAUGUAAUUCUUCAGCGGCUUUCUGCAACCUCUCGUGAUCAUGUCAUGCAUCUUGCUGAUAGAUGGCGUGCUUUGCCGUCAUUUUGACUGUUGAUUCACGCCUUGAACCGUUAGUGAAUAGAAAAUUGCAUAUCUUAAAUGGUUAUGCUACAUCUAAUGAAUGGCCCAGUCAAUGAAGAUAGCAUAAACAUGGCCAAGGAAAGCAGGAGCUCACUGGGAAGUUUCCUAUGCCAUUUCCCCCACAAAUAUAAUUGGUUAUCUUGUCAAUAGGAAAAGGCAAGCUUACUAGUCAGUAUCCUCUUAGACAAGUACAAAAGGCGCCACCUCUUUUUUGCUCUAGGUACUAACAUUAAUCAAAUAGACAAGAUCACAGACCUUGACAUGGGUAACAGGGCUUUCUUGUCCCCCCUCUUUGAUUUUUUCUAAAUUGUAUUGUUUGGGAGCAGAGU